CGCUGACGCAUUCUUUUGAAUUUUUUUCAUGUCUAUGGACUUUUUUUCAAAUACAGAAAACUUUGUAGAUGUUGGAAGGAACUUGAAAUAUCGUCACAUUGUGCCCUUAAUAUUUUAUUGGUGGUAGGUACGAAGAGCAUUGGAAAUUUAUUGUAGGUGGAGGGGUUGGGGGUAGACAGAGUCUUUGGAAAAUGGUACGACGGAAGGGGUAGCAGUUGGUAUUUUCCGGUCGUGGACUUGAGUUCAGAGAGGAGAAGGAUAAGUCUGAUAUCGUAUCUUUUGUCAUUUUAUUGUUGUAGUACCAGACAGUCGUGUGAAUGUAUUUUAGCGUUUAGAAUUAAUUGGAAUGUGAGCGUAAUUUAGAAAUAAAUAUGCAAAGUCUCGUUUCAUUAUACAUAAUCGCCUAAUUUAUUCAUAAAUUUUAUGAAGAAUAUCAAUCAAAUUAAUUAAUUGAGUUUAUAUAUUAUAGAUCUUCGAAGAUUAUAUUGAAUUAGCCUACAUCAUUGUGAAUAAAAGUAGUAGCAAUUAAUUGUACGAGAAAAGUCAAUUAAAAAAUUAAUUUAGCGACUGAAGCAGCAUCUCCCUUAAUUAACUCUCAGCUCGAGGGACCUCGGUGUCAACAGCUCGAUUACCUUCCACAUCAGUAUUCCAACUAACUUACACGAACCUGAAAAAGGCGCCGUACAGACGAAUGUAUCAUGAGAAACAUCGUAUCGAUUGACAAUUGUCACGGUAAUUAUUCCUUUUGUUGUCGCGUUUCGCUCAAGUUACAGGGAAUAUUUGAUGGGGUAAUUGGGCUCGUCGGGAGAUAGGGGAGAACCUUUGCAUUUUCUCUCUCAUGAUCGGGCUAAAAAGUCAGUACUCAAAAGACAUGGACUUUUUUGAUAAUCCAAACUGGGGUCUGUCAAAGUUGCUACUGUCUUCCUUCGGCGCAUGGCCAUUUCAGUCAUCGAGAUUUCGUUAUUUAUCCAGAUAUAUCGUAGGGUUUCUUAUUUGUAGUCUGCUGGUACCUGAGAUCCUGAGAAUAUUCACAGUGCGAGGGGAUAUGAAUCUGCUCGUAGCAUGUACCAGCACCUUGUUGUUGCACUUGUUAACUAUCGUCAAGAUGGUCAACUGCAUAUACCACUUGGAAACGGAGAAGAAAUUACUCCUGCAAAUCAAGAAACACCGGGAAUCCUAUUCUUCCCCAGGUGAAGCUCAAUUGCUCGAUGAGUACGGAAACCAGAGCCAGAGGAUAACCCACGGUUACAUAUAUUAUAUAUAUGCGACUACUGUGAUGUACAUGGGAACACCGAUGGUCCCAAAAAUUCUGGACCACAUUCUUCCUCUGAAUGAGAGUCGUCCGACCAUAUUUUUGUACGAAGCCGAGUACUUCGUUGAUCGCAACGCAUACAAAAGUUGGAUUUUGCUUCAUUCGUACUUAGUGACACCUCUGCCAGCGACUAUCGUUGUUGCUUUUGAUUCCCUGUACAUUCAUUUCGCGGAACACGCGUGCAGUUUAUUUUCAAUUACGAGCCAACGAAUGGGACAAUUGGCUCGUGAUAUCGAUGAUCGCAGAGAUCAAUGUACCUCCAAAAAAAGAGAGGAUGCACAUGUGGCAGUUCUGAAAUGUAUUACGCAGCACAUGAGGGCACUGAAGUUCGUAUAUCUUCUAAAAACCACAUACACAGAGGCGUUGUUUUUUAUUCUGGGGAUAAACAUGUUGGCCAUCAGUAUAACAGGAUAUCAGACUGUCACCAAACUCGAUGAACCCAGUGAAGUUCUCAGAUUUGGCAGCUACACAAUAGGACAAUUGAUUCAUCUGUACAUCCUGAGUUGGCCAGGUCAAAAACUGAUGGAUCACAGUGCACAGAUACACAAAACAGCGUUUCAAGGAUGCUGGUAUAAUCUUCCGCUGGACCUUCAGAAAUUCUUGAUCCUCGUUAUGAUGAGAGGAUCGAAAACUUGCACUCUGACCGCUGGUGGAUUAUUCGUCAUGUCUCUGCAAAGUUUCUGUCUGGUUGUGAAGACAUCGGUUUCAAACAAAAAGCGUCUUAUCUUAUCACGACAAUUACUUUCGUGUACCUUAAAUCUGGUCAAUCAACUUCCCCUCCGUCCUUUCUUCGUAACCAGCCAACCUGGGACUGAAUAUACUUCACCUCAUCUGGAUGUCAUCGCGCACAACACUGGAGUCGUUAUCGAUUUACCAAUUUUCUCAACUUCCGAGAUCGAAAUUAAUGAUUCCACUUCCUUCAAUUUUUCUUCAUUCUCAAGACACUGUGUCCUACUCCUCGAUCACUCCUACGAUUUCCGAUCCUAUUCCUGGAUAUCGGAUCAAGUCUUAAUUCAUGUUCCAAAAUUUUUACCGCACGUCAACCUCAAUCAAUGUCCAAAAACAAUUCGUCAGCAACUGACAAACCAACCGCUAUACUACGCUUCUAACAACCGCAAUUAUGCUCUUUGUACUCCGCCUCGUCAAGUUCUCCGAAAGUCAGGUAGUUCAAAAGACUUGUUCCUACGUAAGAUGGAUUACUUCAAAAACUCGGAUUGGCGUCUCACAAAGCUUUUACUAUCUUGCUUUGGUGCUUGGCCAUUUCAAGGGCCACAUCUUCGUGUAGUACUGAACCUGCUCGUCACGAUCGUAUUGAUAAGUAUCUUGAUACCUGAGAUUAUUAAAUUGAUUACAGUUUACGAUGACUUGAACAAGACAAUAUCAUGCGUUCCGAUACUGGCGUUGCAUUUACUGACAGUCACAAAAAUGUUGAAUUGUUUACUUAAUCUUAAGAAGUAUAAAUUAUUACUUCUGGAAAUUCAUAAAGACUGGCAACAGAAUUUAUCUCCGGCUGACGUCAAAAUCCUGAAAACCAACGCCAAUAAAAAUAGAUUUAUAACACACACAUACAUCUAUUACAUCUAUGCCACCACUUUGAUGUACCUAUUAGGACCAAUGGUGCCAAAAGUCCUGGAUGUGGUGAUGCCACUGAAUGAGUCUCGACCGACAGUGGAGAUAUAUCAGACUGAGUAUUUUGUCAAUCCUGUCAAAUACGAGAUUCCAAUUUUAGUUCAUGCUUACGUUAUAAGUCCGUUUCCGUCGACCAUCGUCGUGGCUUUUGACGCAUUGUACUGUAAUUGCGUUAAUCAUGCCUGCAGCAUGCUUGAAAUUAUUGGGAGACGGUUGGAGAAUAUGGUAGAGGAUAUCGAUAACACGAAUCAGAACUUGUUUUCCCUCUCGGAAGAGAGUAUUCACAAUUCCUUGAGAUCGUGCAUCAGACAACAUCGGAAGUCAUUACAAUUUGCUCAGCUCCUUCGAACGACGUACAGCAAAUGUUUCUUGAGCAUUGUGAUGAUCAAUACGGUGGCCCUAACUAUCACAGGAUAUCAGGUCGUGCAAAAUCUCGACGAUAUGAGUGAAAUUAUACGAUAUGGGACAUUCUCGAUUGGUCAGAUAGUGCAUUUAUUAUUUCUCAGCCAACCAGCUCAAAGAUUGAUGGAUCACAGCGGCCAAAUUCAUUCAUUGGCAUAUCAAGGCUAUUGGUACAACAUUCCCAUGAGGUCUAAAAAAAUGCUGAUCCUCAUAAUGAUGAGAAGUCGAAAGCCUUCUGUCCUAACAGCUGGAAAAUUAUACGUGAUGUCUUUGCAGAGUUUCGCGAGGGUCAUCAAGACAUCAAUGUCGUACUUCACAGUUCUCCUUUCAGCCCGAUGAACCGGUGCUAUUGCAGCUGAAAAAAAUUACUCUGAAAUCAACCCCAGUCGACAGUUUGAAUUCUGUUCCGGAUGAAUCACAAUUCAUCGCGGAAAAAAAUGGUUUCAUUAGGACUAG